UCAGUGUUUCGCGAUUCAUCGAUCAGUGUGGUGUGUGUCGCGUUGUUGCUCUGUUCGAUUUUUCGUUGCUUCCUUUUCCUGGCUGCAACUAAAACGCGGCAGCUUAAAAGAUCGCGUACUUUUUUUCGCUUAAGCGAAAACGGCGUUACAGCUGCGGGCUCGACCAGAGCCUAACCGAAUUAACUAAAAUCUAAGAUGAGACGAAGGAUAUUGUGGAUUUUGGUGAGCACGGCCGUCAUUCUAACGGAAUGCAACGCCACUACGGAGAAAGAACAAAACGAAAAAGGGGAGAGGUCGUUGGGAGGUUCUUCGAAUUACAAUUCCUUCCCAGACGAUCUUUACCUGGACGAUCAAGAGGCCUCGGAAGGUUCUGGACGAGGUGGAAACGAGGGACGAGACGACCUUGAAGCAUCUGGUAGCGGUCUUGGUCCUGACGACGAAGACGGUGAUGACGAACAUGAAUUCGACUCGAACAAUAACAGAAUAGAACCUGUGCCAAACAAACCAAUUGAACCAAAGGAACCCUACAUUGAUGAAAAUAACAACAACAAUAAAGUUCAAACCAACGUCGAUACAAUAAACCGACCAGAUAACGAGGAAGUCGAUGUAAUCGAGCCAUCAACUGGUGAAGACGAACACGUGGAUAACACUGACGAUAGUCACGACGUUUACAUAAUGAAUCCAAAACACGAGGACCGUGCCAGUUCAUUCUUUGCACAGCCUGGCGUUUUAGCGGCGGUAAUCGGUGGUGCUGUAGUCGGCCUACUUUGUGCCAUACUCGUGGUGAUGUUCAUCGUAUACAGGAUGCGCAAAAAAGAUGAAGGUUCGUACGCAUUGGACGAACCAAGAAGAUCACCAGCGGCCCAGGCCUUUCCUAAACCGGGCGCACCCCAUCACAAUCGAGAAUUUUAUGCUUGAAGAGACGUAGGCCAUCUGGCUUCGUUACCGGCUAAUUUUCCUACCAUGAAGAAGAAUAUUCUGGUAGAAUGUCGCGAUUUCAAGCCAGGGAAUAGAAAGACACGCACGAUCGAAUCGUAUCGAUAUCAAGACGAUCGUAGCUGGACGAUGAUUUGAAUGAUCUAGCCGUAAUGCUCGAUAAUGAUGAUGAUGAUGAUGGUGAUGAUGAUGGAUGAUGAAGAAACUGACGACGACAAUGAUGAUGAUAAUGAUGAAAAUAAAAAUAAAAGAAACGGCGGAACACGUGGCAACUCUCUUUAUAGGACAAAACAAAAAGAUAAUACACGCGCAUACGACAACAACAACAACAACACAAAUUAAAAUAGAAACAAAGAAAACCGGGGGUUAGGGUGGGGGGAGGGGAAGUAAUAUUUAAUAUAAUACAAAUUAAAUGAAAAUAAAUUCAAGAAAAAAUAUGAUGGCGGGCAAGAAGAGGAAGCGUCGCGAUCGACCAAUCCCGUGACAGUAAACUUCAUUUCUUCUUCGUAUUACGAAGCUCGUUCAUCCCAAUCAGACACUUCGUUUAAGUGUAACACGAUUGAAACGCGUUCUGCAGUCCUACCUCCGCGUACUCCUUC